AUGAUUGAUGCCCGUCGACAAGCCCUUACCAAGUCUUGCUCGAAAAUGGAAACUCAGCAGGUCACAAACUACACUGCCAAUGCGAUAACAAAUGCAACAUUUAUUCUGCAAGAAUAUGGAAUUUUAUUCUGUGGUCUUCCUAAAGUCGGUUCAACUUUUUGGAAACGAACCCUUACUGUGUUGGCAAAAUCUCACAACUAUACUUCCCCAUUCGAGAUGAAUUUGCAACAAGCUACGAGACAACUAACAACGUUCGGUCGGUACAGCCGUAGCCAUGCCCCACACGAGGUCCAAGCAGCACUUAACAACAUUUCAAUCUCAUUUAUUUUUGUAAGAGAUCCAUAUUCACGACUGUAUUCGGCGUAUGUCGACAAAUUGUAUAUGGCAAACAGGGGCUUUUGGGUAAGGCAUGGAACGAAAGUGGUUGCUAUGAUUAGAAAGAACCCGUCAAAAGAAAGCCAAUCUUUAGGUCAUGAUGUUACCUUUCCAGAGUUCAUAAAAUUUAUAUUGUUGCAGUACAGAAAACGUGAAAGAAUUAAUAUUCAUUUUGCUCCUAUGCAUACACAGUGUAAUGGGUGUGCGGUUCCCUAUAGUUUCAUAGGACAUAUGGAAACGUUUAGCAGUGAUGCAGAAUUUCUCCUUAACGAAUGGCGAACACAGUUUGACAAUUUCAGUAUUCGAUUUUAUGACUUUGAAGCGGAGUCAGGAAUCGACACAUCUCAAGAUACAAUUUAUCGUUUGUAUUCGAUUAAAAAACGCAUAACCGAAGUUCAAUACCCAUUUUACAAUAUUCUGCUACGUGGAUGGUGUUUCCUUCAACUGCGAGGUUAUAUUUCUAAAGAAACCCCCUUUCCAUUCAAUGAAUCGCAAGCCUUAACUGUAACCCGUGAAGAUUACAUGCAUGCAGUUAGGCAAGCUCUUGCCGGGAGGUCCAACAUAACCAAGGUUAAACUGCAACGCACGGAAGCACUCGUGCAGGCUUAUCAGUCCGUUCCGAUAGAUGACAUGGAAAGGUUGAGGGAAUUUUUGCUGAAAGACUGCCUAAUGUUUGGAUACGACGACAGACCAAAGUCAUUUUUUGAAAGACCACUUCUUCAGGCCAAUAAUCACAUUUAUUUAGAUGGAUUAUAA